CCUUUCCUCUCAGACCAGGAUAGCCAAAUGUCAUCCAUAGAAAUGCACAACCCUCGCCAAGAAUGAUCAAUAAUAUCAUAUACUGGUCAGUAGGAGAAGAAGCAGUCGUGAUUCGACGGUUGCUGCUGCUGCUGCUGCUGGCUAAAACUCCGAGCUCGUAUAUAUAUUUUCUAUAAAUGAUCAACUUUUUGGUGGCGCAUGUUCAACAAUGAGAAUGACAUGACAUUGAUGUAGUUUUCAUUCCUGGAAAUUUUUGCGACAAAAUGUUUCAUCUCAUUCAUUUGAGAUUAGGAUUUCUUAAAUUAGAUUGGGCAUGCAUACGGUGCUUAUUGGUGGUGCAGACAGAUAUACAGUUAUUCAUCAGCGAUGUGGUAUUACGAUUAAUUACCGUAAUUUGAUCUCAAUCUGCCCCUACGUCAUUUAAUUACCUUCUUAUCAAUGCUUAACACUGUGUGACUGGUGUAUCGUCAUCAAUGUAAAAGUUUUGUCUGACUCUGGCCUGGCUGGAUUUUCUUGGCAAGCAAUGAAUAACUCGAGCUGAUUGUUGUGGCGAUAAAUUUAUUUAUUACAAUUUCCCCAUGUCUUUCCAGUGUAAGCAUUUCUUAGUAAAUACGCCUAAUAAGACAUAUGUACAAAAUUAUAAAUAUGUACAAGAAUGUGACGCUUACAUGUGUAGUAUGUACUUCUGGGCUUUGCAUGUGGUGUCAACUAAUCAAUCAACACCAGCAUCAUCAUUAUGCUAUUCGACCGUAUCAUCUUCUUAAUGGAAAUGGAUGGAGCAGCUCCUUCAGAGUGUGAAGGAAUACACGAGAUUUUUAUGUUAUUUCUCACUCUGCUUAUCACUUGGUCGUAAUCAAUUAGUCGUUCCACUUUUCGAUUUACUCUUUUGCAUUCACUGGGUGCUAAUUUCUCGACCCCUGGUCUUCAUCAGCAUUUCAUACACAUAUUCUCCGUGGCUUAUUAGUAAGAGUUGAGUCAUCUUAAUUAACAAGUUUCUCUCUCAUGUACAUCUGCUUAAUUAUCGUUUCUUGCCAGAUUAUAUCUGAAAAAUAUCGCAUCGCCACCAUUUACUUCAUUUCUCACUGAGACACCACUUUUACCAGUCCACUUACAUCAACCAUCGGAUCACAAAUCAUGGAGAACACCACGCUGGAUGACAUCAAAGACGCUAGUGUUCGAAGUCUGCUCGAAACCUCCGCCCUCGCCAGGUCCAAGGCGUACAUUCCUUACUCCAAAUUCGCCGUGGGUGCAGCCCUGCUCGCCACUUCGGGCCAAGUCGUGACGGGCUGCAACGUGGAGAACGUCUCCUUCGGUCUGACCAUAUGUGCUGAGAGGACCGCGAUUGUAAAAGCUGUGUCCGAAGGGGUCACAACCUUCUCGGCCAUCGCGGUCAGCGCCGUGAGCAAGAACGAGUUUAUCGUCUCCCCGUGCGGCGCGUGUCGCCAAGUUCUCGCCGAGUUCAACGCCAACCUCCCCGUCUACUUGUACAAUCCGGAGAAUGGGAAGGUGUGCAUUACUUCUAUGACCGUCCUCCUCCCCGCCGCCGUUCUGCCCGCUAACCUUAACGAUGCUUUGUUUGGAAAUUAAAUUGACAAUUUUUUAGCAUUGAAAUGAAUAAAGAAACCCUGAGGGUGAUGAGUAGUUGAAUUAGUAAUGCUUACAUGGA